CAGGUAUACUUCGAUUUGAUUUCACCCCCUUCGAGCAGAAGCCCCCAACCCAAAUUUACUGCUCGCUCAACCAAAACCCUAAAUCGCCAAUUCCUACAGGUAUUUUCUGUAUCCAUAGCAAGUACACACACAAAGAAUUAUUGAGGUUUUUAUAAAUCCACAGGUGUUUCUGCGUUUUUUUCCUGUAAAAGAUGGGGGCAGAAAUCGAAACCGAUGGGCUGAAGAAACUAGAGUAUCUCUCUCUUGUUUCCAAAGUGUGUUCCGAGUUAGAAAACCAUCUCGGAUGUGGCAACAAAACUUUGGCCGAGUUCAUCACGGAUAUGGGUCAGAAUUGCGAAACCGUUGAUGAGUUCGAUGCUAAAUUGAAGGAGAACGGAGCUGAGAUGCCGGAUUAUUUCGUACGGACGCUGCUCACGAUUAUCCACGCAAUAUUGCCGCCCAAGCCGAAGCCGAAAUCCGACAAGGGGUCGAAGAAGGAGGGAGAAAGUUCCGCCGCUCUUUCGAUCAAGGAUGGGAAGGAGAGGGUGAAGGAAUUGGAGAGGGAGAUUGAAGAGGAAGCCAAAAACCGGAGGCGGUUGGAGAAAGACGACGAUGGGGAACAGAUCAGGGAUAGAGUUAGGGUUAGGGAUGGUGACCGUAGAGAUGGGAGAAGGGAUAGAGAUAGAGAUGACAGGGGAAGAGAGAGAUAUGGGGAGAGAGAGGAAAGGGUUCGAAACAGGGAUAGGGAGGAACGGGGCAGAAACAACGAUAGAGAUGGUGGUUAUAGUGAUGAUAGAGAUAGGAGAAAACAUGGUGACAGGGGGGAGGAUUGGAGGAAUGGAUACGAGGAAGAGAGAGAUGAUGAGAGGAAAGGAAAGAGGAAGGAGAAAAGUAAUGUUUCUGGGGAACCGGAAUUGUACCAAAUCUACAAGGGAAGGGUUUCGAGGGUUAUGGACAAGGGUUGUUUUGUUCAGUUUAAUGAUUUUAGAGGGAAAGAGGGGCUUGUGCAUGUCUCUCAGAUGGCGACUAGGAGGAUUUCGAAUGCUAAGGAUGUAGUGAAGCGGGACCAGGAGGUGUACGUGAAGGUCAUCUCCAUGAGUGGGAGUAAUUUGAGUUUAUCGAUGAGGGAUGUGGAUCAGAACAGUGGGAAGGAUUUGUUGCCCUUGAAGAGGGGUGAUGGGGAUGAUGGUUUGACUGCGAAUCCUUCGGGUAGGAAUGAUGGUGGAGGGAUGGGGAGUAGGAUUGGUCUGUCGGGAAUUAGGAUCACAGAGGAAAGCGAUGCUGUGCCUUCACGAAGGCCGCUAAAGCGAAUGAGCUCGCCCGAGAUAUGGGAGGCGAAGCAGUUGAUAGCUUCUGGAGUUAUGAGUGUAAAGGAUUAUCCUAUGUUUGAUGAAGAUGGAGAUGGCAUGCUUUAUCAGGAGGAAGGAGCGGAAGAGGAGCUCGAAGUUGAGUUAAAUGAGGAUGAACCUGCUUUCUUGCAGGGGCAAACUAGGUAUUCUAUUGACAUGUCACCCGUGAAGAUAUUCAAGAAUCCAGAGGGAUCUUUGAGCCGUGCAGCAGCUCUGCAAUCGGCUUUGAUAAAGGAGAGGAGGGAAGUUAGGGAACAACAGCAACGGACAAUGCUGGAUUCGAUUCCAAAGGAUCUGAAUCGUCCUUGGGAAGAUCCAAUGCCAGAAACAGGUGAAAGGCAUCUAGCUCAGGAAUUGAGAGGUGUUGGGUUGUCCGCGUACGACAUGCCGGAGUGGAAGAAAGAUGCGUAUGGUAAAGCGCUAACUUUUGGACAAAGAUCGAAGCUUUCACUUCAGGAACAGAGGCAAAGUCUGCCCAUCUACAAGUUGAAGAAGGAACUUGUUCAGGCCUGUCACGAUAAUCAGGUCCUGGUUGUGAUUGGUGAAACGGGGUCAGGCAAAACUACACAGGUGACACAGUAUCUGGCCGAGGCAGGGUACACUACUAGGGGCAAAAUAGGAUGUACGCAGCCUCGUAGGGUGGCUGCAAUGUCUGUUGCAAAGAGAGUUGCUGAAGAAUUCGGUUGUCGUUUAGGCGAAGAAGUGGGAUAUGCAAUUCGUUUCGAGGAUUGCACUAGUCCGGAGACUGUGAUCAAGUACAUGACAGAUGGAAUGCUUCUGAGGGAGAUUCUGAUCGACGAAGAUUUGUCUCAGUAUUCGGUGAUAAUGCUCGACGAAGCUCACGAGAGGACUAUUCACACGGAUGUACUCUUCGGAUUGUUGAAGCAGCUCGUGAAGCGGAGACCUGACCUUCGUCUGAUUGUCACGUCCGCAACUUUGGAUGCAGAGAAGUUUUCGGGUUAUUUUUUCAACUGCAACAUCUUCACGAUUCCGGGAAGAACUUUUCCUGUGGAAAUACUCUACACGAAGCAGCCCGAGAGUGACUAUCUCGAUGCAUCUCUGAUCACCGUGUUGCAGAUUCACUUGACUGAACCCGAGGGAGAUAUUCUUCUCUUUUUGACCGGCCAAGAAGAGAUUGAUUACGCAUGUCAGUGCUUAUACGAGAGGAUGAAGGGUUUAGAUAAAAGUGUGCCUGAGCUGAUUAUCUUGCCUGUGUACAGUGCCUUGCCCAGUGAGAUGCAGUCGAGGAUUUUCGAUCCUGCGCCUCCAGGAAAAAGAAAAGUAGUUGUUGCUACUAAUAUUGCUGAAGCUUCUUUGACCAUCGAUGGAAUAUUCUACGUUAUUGAUCCUGGUUUUGCAAAGCAGAAUGUGUAUAAUCCUAAACAAGGGCUCGAUUCUUUGGUGAUAACUCCAAUAUCACAAGCAUCGGCCAAACAAAGGGCUGGGCGAGCUGGACGUACAGGACCAGGGAAGUGCUAUCGCCUCUAUACAGAGAGUGCAUUCCACAAUGAGAUGUCUCCGACAUCUAUUCCGGAAAUACAGAGGAUUAAUCUAGGGAUGACUACUCUUAAUCUGAAAGCUAUGGGUAUCAAUAAUCUAAUGGCUUUUGAUUUUAUGGACCCUCCAUCGCCUCAGGCACUUCUUUCUGCUAUGGAACAGCUGUACAGUUUAGGAGCACUGGAUGAAGAGGGGCUUCUCACUAAGUUGGGUAGGAAAAUGGCUGAAUUCCCAUUGGAUCCUCCACUUUCGAAAAUGCUUCUUGCAAGUGUAGAUCUUGGAUGCAGUGACGAGAUUCUGACAAUUAUUGCGAUGAUUCAAACCGGAAAUAUCUUCUACCGACCAAGGGAGAAACAAGCGCAGGCGGAUCAGAAAAGGGCCAAGUUUUUCCAGCCUGAAGGAGACCAUUUGACUCUACUUGCUGUUUACGAGGCUUGGAAAGCGAAAAAUUUCUCAGGUCCGUGGUGCUUUGAGAAUUUUGUUCAGUCCCGAUCGUUGAGAAGAGCGCAGGAUGUAAGGAAGCAACUUCUAUCCAUCAUGGACAAGUACAAAUUGGAUGUCGUUAGUGCUGGCAAGAAUUUUUCGAAGAUUCGUAAAGCAAUAGCUGCGGGCUUCUUUUUCCAUUCUGCAAGAAAGGACCCACAAGAAGGAUACAGAACAAUAGUCGAGAACCAGCCAGUUUACAUACACCCGAGCAGUGCUCUGUUCCAAAGACAACCCGAUUGGGUUAUUUACCACGAGCUGGUUAUGACAACUAAAGAGUAUAUGCGUGAAGUUACGGUUAUAGACCCCAAGUGGCUCGUUGAGCUGGCACCACGUUUCUUCAAAGUGUCGGACCCCACAAAGAUGAGUAAACGAAAGAGGCAAGAGCGGAUUGAGCCCUUGUAUGACCGAUAUCACGAGCCUAAUUCGUGGCGGUUGAGCAAAAGGCGUGCUUGAAUCUUUUUUUUGUUUAUUUUUGUAAUGUUUUUGCUGGUUUAAUUUGAUGUUCCAGUUUAUUUAUUUGGUUCUUGUUUGUAAUAUUAACAUGUUUUUGUUCUGAUUGUAAGACAUUACACUGUUUACUGCUACUGUUUAGAUAUGCUAACUGCAAUGUUAUAUUA